GGCAACCGGGAGAAGCCAAACUUAUUCCUCCCUUUCGCAUCUCCGCGAGGUCGCAGCGUGCUGCGGACCUCCGCACGUCGUUCAUGGCGCUCUACGAGCUCUUCUCUCACCCUGCCGAGCGCAGCUACCGCGCUGGGCUCUGCUCCAAGGCCGCGCUGUUUCUGCUGCUGGCCGCCGCACUCACAUACGUCCCCCCGCUGCUAGUGGCCUUUCGGAGCCACGGGUUUUGGCUAAAGCGGAGCAGCUACGAAGAGCAGCCGACCGUGCGCUUCCAGCACCAGGUACUGCUCGUGGCCUUGCUGGGACCGGAGCGCGGCGGGUUCCUUGCCUGGAGCACGUUCCCCGCCUUCAACCGGCUGCAGGGGGACCACCUGCGCGUCCCGCUCGUUUCGACAAGAGAAGAAGACAAGAACCAGGAUGGGAAAAUGGACGUGUUACAUUUUAAACUGGAGCUUCCCAUGCAGUCCACAGAACAUGUUCUUGGUGUGCAGCUCAUCUUAACUUUCUCCUACCAGUUGCAUAGGAUGUCAACAUUCGUGAUGCAGAGCAUGGCAUUUCUCCAGUCCUCCUUCGCUGUUCCAGGGUCCCAGUUGUAUGUGAAUGGAGACCUGAAGCUGCAGCUGAAGCAGCCCCUGAGCUAUGGUGGCUUAGAUGUGCGGUACAACGUGUCUGUGAUCGAUGGGACCAGCCCUUUUGCUUCUGACUAUGACCUCACUCACAUUGUUGGUGCCUACCAGGAAAGGAAUGUCACCACUUUCCUCAUGGACCCUAACCCCAUCUGGCUCGUGGGAAGGGCUGCUGAAGCUCCGUUUGUGAUUAAUGCUGUCAUCCGGUACCCUGUGGAAGUCAUUGCCUAUCAACCAGGAUUCUGGGAGAUGAUAAAAUUUGCCUGGGUCCAAUAUGUCAGUAUCCUGCUCAUCUUCCUCUGGGUGUUUGAAAGGAUCAAAAUAUUCGUGUUUCAAAAUCAGGUGGUGACUACAAUUCCCGUAACAGCCACGUCCCAGGGAGGACUGUAUAAGGAGCACUUAUCAUAAGAAGACAAUUUCUACCUCACUGUCAGCUUCUGAGAGCUCUCAUCUUAUUACAUUUCUGAAAAGAGCCGCUGUGUUGGCCUGUGUAUUUUUUCCCUGAAAGACAAAGAACAGUUCUUUCAAAAUAUUCCGCUAUACAAAUCCCAUCUUCCAAGUGCCUACGACAUCAUCAGGGACUAGUUUGUGGAAGUGUCUGAGAACUCACUUUUUGUUUUGUUUUUUGCCCUAAACCUGAAUUUCAGGAGAAAACUAGUCAGUUCACAUAUCUUGGAAAGAGUCCCAUCUCUGGUUAAGCAAAGAUUUUUCCUCUCUUGAACUAAGGAAGCUGCUAUGCUUUUCUUUCCUCAAUUGUAAACUACUACUUACUUUUUUCAGGGCUUUCAUGAUAAAUAUGCAAAUCACUAGCAUUUUCCACUUGUGGGCAUCUAAAUUUCCCAUCCAGAACUUUGAUUUCUAGAACUGAAUGUCUUUAACCGGGGGGGAUGCAAGUACAAGAGCACGCGUAUGUACGUGAGGGUGGGCAACUUGAGGACAGUAGGACCAUCCACCCGCCCUCGGUCUAACACACAGUCAUCUGUCAUCAGUUCAGCUGAACAGCCCUUUCUCUCUGCCUCUCUGUUGCUGGCUUUUUGCCCUGCCUUUUGCCCUCUGUCUGUGCUCCGGGGUAGAAGGCUGCAGUCAUAAGUGCUGUUUCAUUCACAAUUCCCUCAGCCACACUGGGGGAAGAAGCACUGUAACAACAGUUCUUUCUCUCUGGCCCUCACCCAACAGCCUAGACACUUGCCUCUCCUCUUCCUUGACAGCCCUCCCCCUUUCUGAAAAAGUCAUGGAUGACAAAGUUGCUGUUGUUGGUAUUGGCUCCCACUGCCCAACAACCACAGAGUUUAUUUGGAGGGCUAGCGGGAAGCCCAGCUACUUGGCCUUCCCUUGACUGAGGAACAGGGUACCCAUCAGAGUGGGCAGCUUUGGAAAACACACAAGAAGGAGUUAGAGGGUGAGGAGGGUGCUAGUCCAGGCAAUCCCAUCCAGCCUGGUCCCUAGCAGAGUGAUACGCAGCCCAGCCGGAUUACCCUUAGGCUACAUGUCUGGAGAAGGGCAGCUCAGAAAGGGCCUCUGUUACAUGCUGACGACUGAUUGAUUAUUCAGUCCCGUUUUGUCCUGUGGAAACACACAGUCUUCUCAGAGAGUGAUGGAUCAUUCAGAUCCCGAGCAUGUCUGUCGCUGGCAUUAGAAGGACAUGACCUCAUGACCCGUGCUUCUGUGCGCACUCACAAACACACCUCAGUGUGUGCCUCAGCUUAAUUUGGAGAUUUGGUUCUUAUUUCCAAAGCACUUAUUUUUAAAAAAUUUUUCCAGCUGAUCAAAGUUUUAGGGACAAACUUUUGCAGUAUUCAAGCACAAGAAUUCCCUAACACUUCUACUCUUCAUAUUUAGGACUAAAAAAUUCUUCUUGAGAUUUAAACCAUGGAAAGUGAUUUCUGGUUUAAAUCAUGGAAAGAUAAUGGGAAUGGUUAAAGAUGUAUAUAAACAUUGCUUUGCAUUUCAUUAAAUUGUUGUAAAGAAUCCAUGAUGUUUUGUAACUUUCUAAUUAAAAAUGUUCAAAAUGGAAGGUUGCGUGUGG